AUGCGGAGGGCGGCCCUUCAGGUGCCCUCCAAGUUCUUCGUCUGCAAUCAAUGCCUUCGCCAAGCGCCUCGACGCUCUCCUUCACCUAUUCUGAACAUCGUACGAUCCCGAGGGUAUGCCGAUGCAAAGCCGUUGGAAAACCUGGCGGCCAAGAGUGCUGCAGCUGCGGCCGCACAGGCGCAAGCUCAAGCCUCAAAGGAAUUCCCAAAGAAAACCACCAGCAAGGGAGUUGCUAUGUGGUUGCUGGGCAGUGCUGCCAGCGUCUUCGGCAUCGUCGUCUUCGGUGGACUUACAAGGCUAACUGAGUCUGGACUAAGCAUAACGGAAUGGAAACCUGUUACGGGCUCUUUGCCCCCCAUGUCAACUGCCGAUUGGGAAGCCGAGUUUGAAAAGUACCGUGCCUCUCCGGAAUUCAAGAUCCUCAACCCUCAUAUGAACCUGGAUGAAUUCAAGAAGAUUUACUACAUGGAAUGGACGCACCGACUCUGGGGUCGCUUCAUUGGUCUCUCUUUCGUUCUCCCCUCGCUAUACUUCGUCGCUCGCCGCAAAGUCUCUCCUAAAAUGGCUUUCAACCUGCUCGGCAUUUCCAGUCUGAUCGGUGUCCAGGGCUUCAUUGGCUGGUGGAUGGUCAAAUCGGGUCUCAAGGACGAUCUCUUUGCCCCUGGUUCACACCCUCGUGUCUCUCAGUACCGGUUGACUGCCCAUUUGGCUACCGCCUUCAUCUGCUACUCCUGGAUGCUUGUGUCUGGUAUUACCAUCCUCCGCACCCGUCGUAUGCUCGCCGACCCUGCCGCCGCUGCUACUGCCAUCAAGGCAAUUCAGAACCCCGUCCUCAACACUCUCAGACGCUCUGUGUUUGGCAUCACCGGUCUCGUUUUCCUCACUGCCAUGUCCGGCGCCUUGGUCGCUGGCCUCGAUGCUGGUCUCAUCUACAACGAGUUCCCCAAGAUGGGUCUUGGCUACGCUCCUCCCAAGUCCGAGCUGUUCGACAAAUUCUACUCUCGCAAGGAGGAUCGCUCUGAUCUUUGGUGGCGCAACAUGCUUGAAAACCCCAGCCUUGUCCAGCUUGAUCACCGAAUCUUAGCUAUUACAACAUUCUGUACCAUCUUGUCCCUUUGGGCUUAUUCUCGAACUGGAAAGGUUUUCGCCGCUCUCCCCCGGAACGCAAAGAAGGGCACCACUGGACUUGUUCACCUUGUCACUCUCCAGGCGGCUCUUGGAAUCUCCACCCUCGUCUACAUGGUCCCUACUCACCUCGCUGCCACCCAUCAGGCUGGCGCUCUUGCUGUUCUCACAGGCGCUUUAGUUCUAUCUCACCGACUGCAUGUUCCAAAGUCAACUGUGCGGUUGAUUGAAAAGAGAUUAAAGCAGAUUAAGCCAUGA